AUGAUCGGUCGCACCAUCACCGUCAUCACGCUCUCAGCGUUGACAGUCUCUGCCACGACCAACUUCACCAUUGACCCCACUGAGGUUGCCCUUAGCACGAGAGCCGCGUGGUGUCAAUCGGAGAUCAACGUUUGUAACCAAGUCUGUUCAGAUGCCGCCAGCACCAACGCCUGCGACCCUGAGCUGUUGACGUACGACUGUACUUGUACGGAUGGAACGACGCCCGAUGUUUCCGAAUACAGAUUGUCGCUGCCUUUCUACAUUUGCCAACAAGCCCAAACCGACUGCGUUAACGAGAACGCCGGCAACCUCGAGGGCUUGGAGAACUGCACCACGACCAUUCAAGACAAUUGCGGCACCAAGAACGCCUCCGACGCCACGACUGCGAGUACCACUUCGUCUGCAUCUUCUAGUGCGACUGCUACUGGUGGUGCCGCCACGAGCGCGACCUCCGCUACUGCCUCUGCGACCUCAACGGCCGGUGCUAUGCCCAACAUUCAGCACCUCGGACACGGUGCGGCUGCCGUUGCGUUUGGUUUAUUCGCCUACAUGCUCUAA